AAUUCAGUUGGCAGCACUAUUUUGCCUGACGCAUCGUGGACGCUGAAUCGCGCUCACAAAAAAAUAUUUUUCAAUUUUACUUUCUUUGGUUGAAUCUUUUUAGAGUCGCGUACCAGUGUUUGAUUUUUAGGUACCUAUUCAACUUAAUUGGUACAAGUUAAUUUAGGUACAAGUGAUUGCUAAGAAAAAUGUCCGGUAUUGCGAGUGCACGUUUGGCUGAAGAAAGAAAAGCUUGGCGCAAAGAUCAUCCUUUCGGAUUUGUUGCAAGACCCAUGAAAAACCAUGAUGGCUCUCUAAAUCUUAUGACUUGGGAGUGCGCUAUUCCUGGAAAGAAAGGGACUCCCUGGGAAGGUGGUCUAUACAAAUUAAGAAUGAUUUUCAAAGAUGACUAUCCUUCAAGUCCACCAAAGUGCAAGUUUGAGCCCCCCUUGUUCCAUCCUAAUGUUUAUCCUUCAGGCACAGUGUGCUUGUCUCUUCUUGAUGAAGAGAAAGAUUGGCGUCCAGCUAUUACAAUAAAACAGAUUUUGCUUGGCAUUCAGGACCUCCUCAAUGAACCAAAUGUCAAAGAUCCAGCACAAGCUGAAGCUUACACAAUAUAUUGUCAAAAUCGACUAGAAUACGACAAGAGAGUGAGGGCGCAGGCACGUGCCAUGGCUGCUACAGAGUGAACAAGAAACAAACAGAAAUACAGGCCAUGUCCAUUUGGCUGUUCUUGGUGGCAGGAGUCUAGCCAUAUCAAAUUGUGUACCCUCGAAAUGAAUCAUAGUCAUUAUCCAUAUCAGAAUAUUGCAGUUAUUCUCUUUAUUUUGUAAUCAAAACUAACUUUAUACAAAAUUUCAAGGGUACAGAAUUUGAUUUAAGUUGAAUGUGAUAUAUCUUAGUGACCAUUCUUAAGGUCAAAAAUUUAUGACUAUUAUGUUGAGUGUGCAGUAAUAUUACUUUUAUGCUCAAAGUAAAGUCAGAAAUAGAAUGAGAAACAGUAGGUGAGUGUCAGUAAUACUGACCUCUCCCCUGCCACAGAAUGAUGCCAUUUUGGCCAAAUUAAGAAUAGGAUUGUUUGAUUGAUUGCUGCUAGUUAUUGGAGAUGCAGCAAUUAUGAAACAAUAAUUACUACCUAGUUAUUCCAUUUAGUGACUCUGAAAUGUCUGUUAAACGGCUUAUAAUACAUUAACGUCUUAGAAUUAUAACUAUCUUGUAAGAUGUCUUUUAUUUAUUUGUAAAUGAUCGCAUUUCAAAGACAGUAUUGGAGAAAUGAUAAGUUAUGUAAACUACCGCCACCUUGUAUCAUAAUGUGUACGAUCUGUUCAAGUUAAAAUGAGAAUCUAUUAUUUUAACUAUUUUUGUAUCUUUAUGUUAGUCUUAAUCGAACAAUAAAAUUUCUAAAUAAAAAUAAUAA